GCUUGCGAGAUUAAGUUAGUUUAACUUCAUGAUUUGGCGUAGAUCCUUAAUAUUAAAUUUAAAAUAUUCAAUAGAAUGGAAUGAAAAAUUGUGUUUAAUAAAAUAAAUCAUAAUUUAUUAAAUUACAAUGAUUUUCAUCUUAUCUUUUUAUGCAUAUAUUUUUGUUUUGUACUACAUUUUAAGCUUGUGUACCUAUUGUGGUAACAUCAUUAUGAAAUGCAGGUAAUUGUCACAAGAAAGAAAUAUGAUUUUGUUAGAUUAACGAAAAAAAAAAAUAUUUUACUUGUCAUUUUUUUUCUCCUCUCGGUUUGAAUUUUCCGUAAGAUUAAUGACCCAGUAUACCUCAGAAUAUUUUUUAAAAGUAAUAUUUAUUUAUUUAUUUUUUAACUCGACAAGUACUUACUUUUGCAAUUGAAUAUUUUAAGUUCGAAUUUAUUGAUAAUUUCAAAUGAAAAGCCUAGUCAACACUGUUGUUUAUAUGUUAUGAUAGGGUUACCUUUAGGAGAUAUCUAAAAAAAGUAAUUGAUACGUCUAUCAGUUGAAUCACGGUCGUUACUAUGCCCUAUAAUGUCUUGAGUUAUAUCAGCCAGGGAGGAAAUUUAACAAAAUUUUGCCUAACAAUGACAUGGAGAAGGGGACUAGAGUCCAAGAAAUAAGGAAACGAUUUGAAGGUUUAAAUUCUCCGAACAAUGAUUCAUUCGCCUCUAAAAAUCCUUUACCUAGUUUCCUCAAAAGCAGUGGUUCCAAUAGUGCCAAGAAUUCUACAGAUCUUGAUCUUCAAUCUGUGACCAAAGGAAUCAUCAGAAGGUCUCAUGCUUUUAGAAAUGAUAAAACGAAAAUAAAGCUAUCAAACUCAAACAUUGUGCUAGAUAAAAAUUUAAUUGGAUUGGGAGUCAUCAAUGAAUCAUCUUCAAAGAGUGUUGUUAAGUUGGAGGAAAAAUCUUUUCCUUUGAAAGAUAGUAAAGCAAGUAGUAGUCACUUACAAACUAAACCAGUAGCUUUGAAAAUCAAUGUUGAUAGUCUGACUGACACUUUAAAAAAAGCUCUGAAAAAUCCCUUACCUGUUGGACCAGCCCCUAAGAAACCACCAAGAACAUUUGCUCAUGCUGGUAACAGUCCAGAAUCACUUAUACCUGAUAACUCUGACAAGAAAACUGUUAUUACUAAGUUGUCAGAUUCAUUGUUGCUGAACAAAAAUGGAAACUCAGUGCCAUCAGUUGCCUUACCAAGGCGCUCGAAGACUGAUCCCCACAUAAUGUUAAAGAAAUUAGAAUCUGCAUUGUUAACUAAUCAGAUCAACAAUAAAUCGAAUGCCAUUGUGACACCCAACAUUUCAAAUUGCACCCAGCCUGUUUUUAAACAGAGUGAAGUUUCUCAGAAUACAACAAAUUCUAAAUUCAACAAAUUUUGUCUUAAUGGUUUUAGUUCUUGUCUUAAUCCAAACAUUUACGACGCCCCUUCUUUGUUGAAAAUCAAGAGUGAAGCACAAAAUAAUAUUAAUUUAACAUCUAACAAAUCUACUUAUGGCACAAUAAGAAAGGUUCAAAAUAUUAGGCACAUCUAUGAAGAACCGUAUUCUCCUAGGAGUGAAAGAAAAAAUAAGGGUUCAGUAACGAAUAAGAACGAUUCACCUCAACCUAAACUUAGUGUCCAUUAUAUGUCUUCCCCUGUUCGUGAAUCAAGGCGAAUGAUACUUCCAGAAUCUGUUACCUCAAGUGAACUAAACAAUAAAAAGAUUAAAAUGAUAACGGACACAUUUAAUGAAAACAUGAAGUCUGACAGUGAUGCUGAUUCCAUUCAGGAAGAAAGGACUGAUUUUAAUAAAGGUAACCAAGAAGAAGUUACUGCUGUUAGAAAAGUUUAUGUAAAAAGAGUAUCUAGUAUGAGGCAGCAAACCAUUAGGUUACCACGGCAAGGGCAAAAUUUGUUCGAAGUUCUUUUACUGAUUGGAUUAGAUCAAGAUGUUAAAUUAGGAAAAGUUCCAUAUGUAAAAUCUAAAUACCCUGAAUCGGUAGUUCUUCCUGAAAGCCUUGCUGAGUUAGUAUUUCCUGAUGCAGAUGAUUGGCCGCCAAGUGCAGUUUCUCUUUCUGGCCAUCAUAAUAAUUAUACUUUAGUCCUUACCUCAGAGGAUGGUGCAAGGAAAUAUGCUUACUGCAGAAGGCUUCAACCUGAAGGUGCUCCCAUCUGCCUUCCAUUAGCUUAUGUUCUCAUCAGCCAACAUAAAGACAAUAUUUUUUAUUAUAAGAUAUUAUCUGAAUUAGAGGCCCGACAUGGUAUGCCAGUAGCCGAUUAUUACCAAUUUGUGAGAAGUUUGUUUUAUUCCAGUAUUCCAAAUCCUGGUUUAAGUCUGCAAUUUGGCGAUGUAAUAUUUCGAAGAGCAGUUGAUGCUAGGCAAGAAAGUUAUGAUAUAUCGAGGGUUCUCCAAGCACUCACUGUUCCCAUAUUCAUAAAAGCCUUUUCAACUCUUCUAAUUGAAAGGAAAGUAAUCUUGGUCGGAUCUAAUAUAAGCCUGGUAUCGGAUUGUAUUGAAGGACUUCUAAAAGCAAUUUUUCCUUUUGAGUGGGAACACACUUUGAUUGGCGCUGUUCCUUCCAGUAUGCUGGAACUCUGCACUGCCCCUACUCCAUUUUUGAUGGGAGUUAUAAGACCGAAAAACAAACCUCACCCAUCAACUUUCCUGCCGUUGACCUGCAUUGAAGAUUGUCUUGUGGCAGAUGUGGAUAACAGUGAAGUUAUCAAGUCUUGUGGAGAUGAACUUUCUAUCCUUCCCAACAGAUUGAUUUUAUGUCUCAAAUCAGCUCUUUACUUGUGCCCUGUACACAGCACUGACGUCGGGGCUUCGGAGGCUCUUAUGAGGUUAUUUGUUGAGCUUGUUGGCCAUUUCAAUGGAUAUAUCAUCACUGAUGUCCAUACUAAUAACAGAACAUUUCAAAGGGAGUCAUUUGUAAAAACACCUAAUUCCAGAAGCACUCAGCUAUUUCUUGAGUGGUUUACGGAAACUGCCAUGUUCCAGUCAUUUAUACAAAGGAGAUUGGAAAGAAGUUUUGAACAUGGUCUUUUUGAACAGCGAUGUGCUGAAUACAUUGAGGAAAACAUAAAGAACCAUAACGUCAAGAAAGAAAGGAGUAUAAACAAGACUGUUAAAACUAUUGGAGGUCGUUUUAAAGACUGGACUUCAUCUUCGUAGCCUGAGAAUAAGUUCUAUUUAAAUAAAAUAAAAAUUAUGAUUUUAAAAAUUAUUUUGAUGUCACUAAAAUUCAAUUUAGUGUCACAGUAUUCUAGUCAUUAUGUAUGGGCUUUCCCUUUUUCCACUUUUAAUAAUUAUUAUAUAAUGGCACAUGACAUUUUGUUUUAUAAUUAUAUAGUAUAAAAUCUUUUCCCAUCUUUUUUAUAAAUGAUUUAAGAC